AGCAUCAAUUCCAUAAUUAUAGAGACAGCUAGUGUAUCAAUACAUACACUCGCUCUCUUUUCUUCUAUAAGUCUUGAUUAGGUCAAUUGUUCUGCACAGCAAAAACUAGAAGAGGUUUUCAUUUUUCAAGAAAGAAACAAAGAAAAACUUUCUUCUCACAUCACUUCAGAUACAGAGAGAUGAGGGAGAUCAUAAGCAUACACAUAGGUCAAGCUGGAAUUCAAGUAGGUAAUUCUUGUUGGGAGCUCUACUGCCUCGAACAUGGCAUCCAGCCCGAUGGCAUGAUGCCCAGUGACACUACAGUGGGUGUUGGUCAUGAUGCCUUCAACACGUUCUUCAGUGAAACCAGUGCUGGAAAGCAUGUGCCAAGAGCAAUAUUUCUUGAUCUUGAACCAACUGUCAUUGAUGAAGUCAGGACAGGAUCUUAUCGCCAACUCUUCCACCCUGAACAACUUAUUUCAGGAAAAGAAGAUGCUGCUAAUAACUUCGCUAGGGGUCAUUACACAGUGGGAAAGGAGAUUGUUGACCUUUGCCUUGAUCGAGUAAGAAAGCUAGCAGACAACUGCACUGGAUUGCAAGGCUUCUUAGUGUUCAAUGCUGUUGGUGGAGGCACUGGUUCUGGUUUGGGAUCUUUGUUGUUGGAGCGCUUGUCUGUUGACUAUGGAAAAAAGUCAAAGCUCGGUUUCACUAUCUACCCUUCUCCUCAGGUGUCAACUGCAGUUGUGGAGCCCUACAACAGUGUUCUCUCUACACACUCUCUUCUAGAACACACAGAUGUGGCUGUGCUUUUGGACAAUGAAGCCAUUUAUGACAUCUGUAGAAGAUCAUUAGACAUUGAGAGACCUACAUACACCAACUUAAACAGAUUAAUCUCUCAAAUCAUAUCAUCUUUAACAACCUCCCUACGUUUUGAUGGAGCAAUUAACGUUGACAUCACAGAGUUUCAAACAAAUCUUGUCCCAUACCCACGUAUCCAUUUCAUGCUUUCCUCAUAUGCCCCUGUGAUCUCAGCUGAAAAAGCAUACCAUGAACAAUUAUCAGUUCCUGAAAUCACAAAUGCAGUGUUUGAACCUGCAAGCAUGAUGGCUAAAUGUGAUCCAAGGCAUGGAAAGUAUAUGGCUUGUUGUUUGAUGUAUCGUGGUGAUGUUGUCCCUAAAGAUGUUAAUGCUGCUGUUGCCACCAUUAAAACCAAAAGAACUGUUCAAUUUGUUGACUGGUGCCCAACUGGUUUCAAGUGUGGAAUCAACUACCAACCACCAACAGUUGUUCCAGGGGGUGAUCUUGCUAAAGUUCAAAGAGCAGUUUGCAUGAUAAGCAACAACACAGCUGUUGCUGAAGUGUUUUCACGCAUUGACCAUAAGUUUGACCUUAUGUAUGCCAAGAGGGCGUUUGUUCAUUGGUAUGUUGGUGAAGGAAUGGAGGAAGGUGAGUUUUCAGAAGCCCGUGAAGAUCUUGCAGCUCUUGAGAAAGAUUAUGAGGAGGUUGGUGCUGAAGGUGUUGAUGAUGAUGGUGCUGAUGAUGAUGAAGAGUAUUGA